CCAGGUCCUACCUCUCGUAAGGGAUUGGCGGAGGCGCGGGCCAUGUGACCGAGGCCGGAAACUGUAGAGGGCCGUGCGUGGGGAAGCAUUUUGACAAUAACAAACCCGGGUCAGAGCAGGAGGCGGAAACAUGGCCGAGGCGGUGAGGCCCCCGCGUCGGACCAAGGCCAAGGCCAGCCGGGGGAAAACCAAGGAAAAGAAGAAACAUAGUGAAGCUUUUGAAAAAGAAGAAUUUGAUGAGGUAGACCUUCCUGAAACUUGUAGAGAGCAGAAAAUACCUUCCUCAGCAAGGGAAGUACUAGCAGUGUGUCCUGAAACAUUUACUGAGGUUCAGUUGCAGGAUAUUGGUGAUUUACAAACCGGGGAGGAAAUGUUUGAUGUCUCACUCGCUUCUUUAACUUUAGACAUUGAAGGAUCCCAAACACCUAAUCUAGAGACUGUAAUAGAAGGGGAAGAGGUCAAGGAACAUCAACUCAGUGAAGAAACCAAGCCAAAGUACAGCCCUGAGGAAGAUGUGAGCACCAAAGCAGAAGACUCUGAGGGGGUUAGACAAAGAGCUGAUAAUACUUUAACACAGUGUGGAUUGUCACAAACCACAUUCCAAUCUAGUCCUUAUAGUCAGCAGGUAGCAGAACAUUUACAGGACAAAGGAACUGAGAAUAGACAAGAUUAUAGACAAUCUGUUGGUCUUUCUUCAGAGGUGCUACAUAAUGUGAACUUACAGAGUAGUUAUGAAGCCAAAGAAGUCUUUCAGCCAACUAGAUUGAAAAAACUUUAUCCUGAAUUACCGGCUGAAUUUUCUGGAGAAAGACCAGCUUUAAUGGCAGUAAAACCACUCUUACGGAAUGAACGACUAUACCCCGAAAUCCCUUCUGAAUCAGAAAUGGUACCAUUUACUAAGGAACAACUGAAAAUUUUUGAGCCUUGUUCCUGGUUAGAAAAUGUUGAAUCAUACUUAGAAGAAUUUGACAGUAUGGCUCAUCAGGACCAUCAUGAAUUUUAUGAGUUGCUUUUGAAUUAUUCACGAUGCAGGAAACAGCUGUUACUGGCUGAGGCUGAACUGCUUACCUUAACAUCUGAUUGUCAAAAUAUCAAAAGCCGAUUAUGGCAAUUUAAGGAAGAGCAAAUGACUGUACAGGGUAUUUGUGCAGACCAGGUGAAAGUUACAGGGUAUCAUCGUUACCAGACAGUGGAGAUGAAUGAGAGUGCCCUGGGAGAGCUAAAGAAGGCAUUUGAAGCAAAAUCUGAGCAUUUACAUCAGACUCUGGCUCUGCAUUCUUAUACAUCAGUGCUCUCCCGCUUACAAGUAGAGUCUUAUAUUUUUGCUUUGCUCAGUAGUCCAGCUGUUGUGAGGUCUUUGUCUGUUCAUCAGCAAAGUCAAGUUUCUAAACAGGCAGAAAGUCUUCCCUCUGAUUUGUGUCACCUGAAGGAGUGUAUUAGUGUUUUAUUUAUGUUCACCCGAAGAGUUAUAGAAGAUACACAGUUCUACAAUGAUGUUCUUCUUUGGCUGCAGAAACUGGUAUCAGUGUUACAGAGAGCUGGCUGCCCUGGUGAUCAUCUGUUCCUUUUAAACCAUAUUCUUCGAUGUCCAGCUGGUGUUAGUAAAUGGGCUGUUCCUUUCAUUCAGAUCAAAGUGUUGAAUAAUUCAUCAGGGGUAUUUCACUUUAUGCAGUCCCUUGCCUUGCUUAUGUCUCCUGUCAAAAAUCGAGCUGAGUUUAUGUGCCACAUGAAGCCAAAUGAAUGGAAACCUUCCUCCUCUGAGCCUGAGUCAGGGAACUGGACAUUAGUAGAUGAAGGAGGAGAAGAGGAUGAAGAUCCUGAGACGAGUUGGAUCCUUCUUAGUGAAGAUGACUUGAUUGCUAUUUUGUCACAGUUCCCAUUUCAUGAACUUUUUAAACACUUCCUUGGAUUUAAAGGGAAAGAUGAUUAUUUACCUGAAACAACAAGACCUCAAGAAAUGAUGAAAAUUUUUGCCUUUGCCAACUCAUUAGUAGAACUUCUGGCGGUAGGAUUAGAAACCUUCAAUAGAGCUCGCUACAGGCAAUUUGUGAAACGAAUUGGUUUUAUGAUUAGAAUGACACUUUGUUAUGUGAGUGACCACUGGGCCCAAUUUGUGAGUCAUAACCAAGGCUGUGGAUUAGGUAUGCAGCCCUAUUCAGUGGAGAAGCUCCAAGUUGAAUUUGAUGAGCUGUUUCUUAGGACUGUCCUGCAUGUUCUGAAAGCUAAAAGGUUGGGCAUUUGGCUAUUUAUGUCAGAAAUGCCCUUUGGAACAUUAUCAGUCCAGAUGCUUUGGAAACUAUUUUACCUCAUGCAUCAAGCAGAGAAUGAAAACUUGGAGAAGCUCUGUUCUAUAGUCCAGUCUAAUGAGUGCAAGCAUCAGCUUCAAGACCCGGCGCAUCUGGUGAGCUUUGAGAGUUAUAUUUCUACCAUGAAUAGCUCAGAAGUAAUUUGCCUUCUUACUACUUUUGCUCAAAUGGCUCAAGCAAGAAAGACCAAUGUGGAUAAAGACUUCAUAAAAGUUAUUGUGCUGAAGAUUUAUGAGGUAUCUUAUGUUAGCCUUUCUACCAGAGAGACCUUUUCAAAAGUUGGUCGAGAGCUUUUAGGAGCUAUUACUUCUGUUCAUCCUGCAAUCAUUUCUGUCCUUUUGGGUAGCGUUAAAGAGACUAUUGACCAAGUUGGGAUGGUAUCCCUAUACUUGUUUAAAGAGCUGCCUUUGUAUCUGUGGCAACCAUCUACCUCUGAAAUAGCUGUUAUUCGGGAUUGGUUACUGAAUUACAAUUUGUCUGACGUGAAGAAUAAAUUGGCCUGUGUUAUUCUGGAAGGAGUGAACUGGGGAUUUGGUGAACAGGAUACACUUCAUCUGGAUCAAACUGUUCAUUCUGAAGUAGCAUUAAUGAUUCUUGAAGCUUAUCAGAGGUACCUUGCUCAGAAGCCAUAUGCUGGGUUAUUUUCUGAAAGCAUAAAACAGGUUUCCUAUUUGGCCAGUAUUGUGCGUUAUGGAGAGACACCUGAGAGCUCAUUUAACCAGUGGGCUUGGAACUUGAUUUUGAGGUUAAAACUUCACAAAAAUGAUUAUGGAAUGCAGCAGAACUGUCCGACAGUUCCUUUCUCCAGCACAGUGCCGGAUUUGAAUGAAUCCCCUACAUUUCAUCCUUUGCUGAAGGCUGUGAAAGCUGGCAUGCCCAUUGGCUGCUAUCUAGCCUUAUCUAUGACAACUGUGGGUCACAGCAUCGAGAAAUUUUGUGCAGAAGGUAUUCCAUUGUUGGGAAUUCUGGUCCAGUCUAGGCAUCUGCGAACAGUGGUUCAUGUUCUGGAUAAGAUUUUGCCCAUGUUUUACCCUUGCCAGUACUAUCUUUUGAAGAAUGAAUUGUUUUUAUCAUACCUCCAACUAUUUUUGCACUUGGAUAGUGGUAUUCCUCAAGGAAUGACCCAACAUGUUACUCACAAAGUAGCUCAGCACUUGACAGGAACGAACUAUGGAGAAAAUGUGAAGCUUCUCAGCAGCAUGAUCCAGACUCACAUUUCUGUAAGCACUAAUCCCAAUGAAGUGGGGCCUGUUGCUGUUUUAGAAUUCUGGGUCCAGGCCCUCAUAAGCCAACAGUUUUGGUACCGAGAACAGCCCAUUCUUUUCUUGAUGGAUCAUUUAUGCAAGGCAGCUUUUCAGUAUAUGCAAGAGGAUUGUGUACAGAAACUACUUUACCAACAGCACAAGAAUGCUUUAGGUUAUCACUGUGACCGGAGCCUGCUCUCUUCCUUGGUGAGCUGGAUAGUAGCUGGCAAUGUAACCCCAUCUUUCAUUGAGGGAGCUGCUGCUCCCACUCAGGUUUGGUUUGCAUGGAUUGUACUGAACAUGGAGUCUAUUUUUGAAGAAGAUUCUCAACUUCGUAGAGUUGUUGAAGGGGAACUAGUCAUUAAUUCCACCUUCACUCCUGAGCAGGCUCUCAAGAAAGCCCAGGCACAGUUGAAACUGCCUAUUGUACCAUCACUUCAGAGACUGCUGAUUUAUCGUUGGGCUCAUCAGGCUUUGGUUACGCCUUCUGAUCAUCCUCUUUUGCCACUUAUUUGGCAGAAAUUUUUUCUGCUUUAUCUUCAUCGACCAGGGCCUCAGUAUGGAUUGCCUGUAGAUGGUUGUAUUGGAAGACGAUUUUUUCAAAGCCCAGCCCACAUUAAUCUAUUGAAAGAAAUGAAGAAACGUCUGCUUGAAGUGGCCGAUUUCCAUCAUGCUGCUAGUAAAGCUCUGCGCAUUCCAGCAGAUGGCAGUGAAGGGCCAGGUGACUACAGUGCCAGUCCCGCAAGGUAUUUGACUUCCCCGGAGCUGCACACCGAGCUUGUGAGGCUCUUCAAUGUAUUUAUACUGUGGUUAGAAGAUGAGAACUUUCAGAAAGGAGACACCUAUAUUCCUUCUCUACCAAAGCAAUAUGAUACACACAGGCUAGCAAAGAUUAUGCAGAAUCAACAGGAUUUGUGGAUGGAAUAUUUGAACAUGGAACGUAUCCAUUAUGAAUUUCGGGAAGCUCUCAAUCUUUGGAUUCAAGUAAAACUUGAAACUCAUUCUGCACCCAGUAAUUUGUCAGUACAGGUGGAUUUUACUGAUCCUUUGUCAGCUAAAGAGAGGAUCUUGAGCAACUUGAAGAAGCAUGAAAGUCCUCAUCCUCCCCUUGUUCUGCAUGCCCUGAAAGCUCCAGUACCUGUCAUUUCCUCAACUAGUUUUCUAAAUCAGAAGGAAACUAUGCAGCUUAUAUGCCCAGACCUGAAUCUCUUGCAACAGCAUGCUAAAACUGCAACCCUUUGGGAGUCACAGCAAGUUGCUCUGGACAGUGAGCUAUUGGAUGCAAUUCCCAAACAGUAUGUUAACCGAGAAGAGCAGAUUACACUGCAUUUGGAGUGUCGGGGCAGUAGUGGUCGGAAAUGCCAGGGAGCAGCUGUUGUCACAGUUCAGUUUGAAGGUAAGCAUAAGAACGAAGCUAUUAGUCAACAGCUUCAUGUUUUACGUAAAGAAGUGAAGCAGUUACAAGCAGAAGCCUCCAAGCCGCCAUCACAGAAUAUUGUGGAAGCAGCUGUGCAUGCUGAGAACUUGAUUACGGCCUUAGUGAAUGCCUAUAAGUUGCAGCCUACACCUGGUAUUCAGAAAGUUGGUAUUGGCCUCUUCUUUACAGUUGUGGAGUAUGUGUGUGAUGAGACACAACGUCACCCUCCUACAAGACAAUUCUUUACCUCCUGCAUUGAGAUCUUAGGACAAGUGUUUAUCAGUGAUACUAAAUCGGAAUGUAAACGUCUGCUCCAGACAAUUUUGAAGAAUAGAAGACUUUGUACUCUACUCUCUCCUUAUUUUACUCCAAUUGCUGCACCUGAAGAGUUCAUAAACUUGUAUGAAAAAGUGGUGAAGUUUUUAAGUGAAGACAAUAGUGAUAUGAUUUUCAUGCUGCUAACUAAGUUCGAUCUUAAGCAAUGGUUAAACUCCACUAAACCUCCUCUGUCUGAUCGUACCAGGCUUCUGGAGUCCAUUCAUUUGGCACUUACUGCCUGGGGCCUUGAACCAGAUGAAGACAUUUUGAUGUCAUUCAAUAUUUUCUGUAAACACUGGACUUAUCUCCUUCUGUACCAGUUCCCUGACCAGUACAGUGACAUUCUAAGGCUGCUCAUGCAGAGCUCAGCUGAGCAGCUACUGAGUCCUGAAUGUUGGAAGGCAACUCUGAAAGCUCUGGGUUGCUUCUCAUCUGAGAACAAAGAAGGGGACUGUCCACUCCCAUUAACUGAGAACCCUGUAUUUCCAAGUUCUCCAAAUAUUCUCUUGUCAGAUGAACAGGUAAUGGAGACAAUACAGUGGCUUUCAAAUUUUUUCUAUAAGUUACGGUUAUCCAAGUUGGACUUUAAAAGUUUUGGAUUAUUUUCAAAGUGGACUCCUUAUGUGGCUGAUGUGAGGACAUUAUUGAAGUACCUUGUGAAACGACUGAUUGCCUCUGAAAUGACUUGCUUGGGGCAAGACCCUUUAACUAACAGUAGAGCAGUGUUGAAAUCUCUGCAUUCACUAAUUGUUCAGCUCUUCAAGCCAUGGAUUCUGGUUUUAGAAGACAAUACAAGCAAUCAACGUUUCUAUCCAUGGCUGGAAAGUGACACUUCCAUGGCCUCAAGUGUUGUACAUUUGUUCACUGAAUGUAUUGAGAUUUUACAUGAAAGUUUUAAAGAUAAACUCUUGCCUGGUGAUGAAGGAACACUUCGACUACACUUGAUGCAUUAUUGUGAAACAUGCACAGCACCCAAAAUGCCAGAAUUUAUUCUUUUUGCAUUCCAUAAUGAAUACCAAAAGCUUCCAUGGAGGGACAUGCACCCAGACCAACUGCUAAUGGAGGCAUUCUUCAAAGUGGAAAGAGGAAGUCCUAAAAGCUGUUUCUUAUUCAUGGGUUCUAUUUUGUGUGAAGUAAACUGGGUUAGUGUACUGGCUGAUGCCUGGAAUCCCAAUCCCUAUCCAGAAACACGAAGCAUGAUUGUCUGCCUGCUCUUCAUGAUUAUCUUACUGGCAAAGGAAGAUCAACUUGUAGACCAAGCAGAUUCCCCAUUGCUCAAUCUCCUUGGACAGGCAAGCUCUCUUUCCUGGCAUCUUGUAGAUAUUGUGUCAUACCAAAGUGUCAUUGGGUACUUUAGCAGCCAUUAUCCUCCAUCUAUCAUCCUAGCAAAAGCUUCUUCAGCUGAAUUAAUAGUAAAACUCUUGAAAGCAUCUGCAGGUUUCCAUAUUCCUACUGAUGGACAAAUACAUCUUGAUGCAGUGCCUAAAUGCCUAGCUUUCAUUCAUCAAGUGGUACAGUUUCUCAGCUCUCUGGAACAAAAUGGAAAAAUUACCUUUGCAGUUCUAGAACAGGAAAUGUCUAAGCUUUUGGAUGACAUUGUCGUCUUUAAUCCACCAGAUAUGGAUAAUCAGACUCGCCAUAUGGCCCUCAGCAGACUCUUUGUUGAAGUUUUAACAAUGAUGAAUAAUGCUAGUGUCCCAACAGCCGAGUUCCUUCGGGGUAGUGUCCGGAACUGGAUUGACCAGAAAGUGCAUGGGCUAAUGGUGCUUCCCCUUUUGACAGCAGCAUGCCAGAGCCUGGCUUCUGUCCGACAUAUGGCUGAGAUUACAGAGGCCUGUAUCACUGCCUAUUUCCAAGAUGAUUCCCUCAACUAUCAUUUGGGAUGGGGUCCUAUCCUGGUAUCUCUUCAAGUUCCUGAACUCACCAUAGAUGACUUUAUUCAGGAGUGCCUAUCUCUUGGAAGUUAUUUGACACUAUAUGUCUAUAUGCUGCAAUGUUUAAAUAGUGAGCAAACAUUAAGAAAUGAAAUGAAAAUGUUGCUCACCUUAGGAAAGUGGCUGGAACAAGUUUAUCCCAGCUCUGUGAGAGAUGAGGCAAAGCUCUUUCUGUGGUGGCACCAAGCGCUGCAGUUGGCCCUGAUCCAGGCCGAACAGGAUGAUGCUGUGCUGAUUGGAUCUGUCAUCCGGACUCUUCUUGGAAUCCAAAACAGACAGAGCCAAACAGCCGAGGAAAGGCUGAGCUCAGGGAUCCUGGGUGCCAUUGGAUUAGGCAGGAAGUCUCCCUUGUCUAACAGGUUCCGUGUGGUUGCAAGAAGUAUGGCUGCCUUCCUUUUAGUUCAAGUUCCUGCAGAAGAUCAAAUUCGUUUGAAGUCUGGUUCUGAAUUACAUUUCUCUCCAAAAGCUCAGCAAGCACUGAAUACUCUUGAAUCCAUGUCUUCAAGCAAGCAGUAUGUAGAGUAUCAGGAACAGAUCUCCCAAGCAUCCCAGUUUAUAAAGCAUCCUGGCCAUUGUCUUCAGGAUGGGAAAAGUUUCCUGGCUCUUCUUAUUAACUCUCUGUACCCAGAAGUGCAUUAUUUGGACAUUAUUCGAUAGCAACACUGAGGUCCAUGGAAAACUCUGAUUAUUUCUGUUUACAUUUGAUGUUGUUAUUGCACAAAGUAACUUUGACUGUCUAGGUCCCCUGUAACACUGAGUACAUACAGCCAGUGAGGAGGAUGGUUGGAAGGAAUAUGGGCACUGGUUAUUUCUACCAGGUAUUUUGGGUGCAAGAAGUGUGUGUGUGUGUGUGUGUGUGUGUGUGUGUGUGUGUGUGUGUAUGUGCACAUGUGUUUUCUUAGCUAUUACAAUAACAUUAUGUUGAAGCACCAAGGACUUAUUUAGUUUUUAUUCCUGUAAAAAUGAAAAAUUUUAUAAGUUUCAACAUGAUACAAAGCCAGUGAGUCUUACAAAAUGACACAAUAAGGGUCACAGAUCAUAGGACAAUUUUUUUCUUUUUCAUUUUUCUCCUUGCCCUUAAAAAAAAAAUAAACUACUGAAGUUCCCAUGUUAGAACUACAUCCAGUUGGAGUCACAUGAAAAAGCUACACUUUGAAUCUCAUUUGGACUCUUCAAAAAUAUAGCCACAGUUAGUCUGAAAAUUAGAAAUUGUUUAUAUUUUCAAAAGUAAAGUCUACUUUGUGAUUCUACAAUCCUUUGGAAAAUUUGUUCUUUCCCUUAGAUGAGAGAAGCCAAGAUGUUAUUAAAUAACUACAUUUAUUCUGGCUUCCUUUAUUAUUUAUUAUUAGUUACAAAUCCAUUACUAUGUAACACCACAGGCCCAAUCCCCCUUAUUUCUCUACAAAGUUGUCUUCAGUUCUUGGUGACCAGGCUUUUCUGAUGAGUUCUCUGGACCCCUUCUCACAUCAGCACGUUCCCAGACAUUUAUUCCAAGGCUUCCUGGCUGUCCAUAGUACCUGCAAGGGUUAGUGUGCUAUGCUGGCCCAACUUUCAAGAAUCCAGGGGCCACUUCUAUGGGAAACAACUGAGGAUAAUUGGUGUAGUGUGUGUUUGUCCUGGCAAGCUCCUUAUUUCCACACACCACAUCCCUGAAUCAGCUCAGCAAUAAAAAUGGAACAUCUGGAAGUCGAAUAUGCUUUAGGAGUCAAUCCUUGUCUAAAACAAUGGUUAUCAUGUCCUGGCUGUUGAUGAGAAGCAAGAGAUAGUUGAUUGUAAUGUUCCUGAAAAAUAUGUAAGAUUCACCAUUUGAGGAUUCUGUUCAUUCAUAAAACAAGUCAAAAGGAGAAAAGAAUGAGGAUAUCUUUCUGUUCUCCUCUUUAGCUCUUUAUUUGAAUUCCAAUAGAGGUUAGAAAACCAUUCAAAAUUCUUAAGAAUUUAGUUAAGGCUUACUGGCCCAGGAAGAUUGAUAUUCCUGAAUUCUGGAUUUGCUGAAUAAGGCACCUUAUUUUCCCUCAAAGUACAUUCAGUUUUUAAAUAUCUAUUACCACAGUCUGGCUGUAAUAAAUCCACAUUCUGUGUCAUUUUUUCAGCAUAUUUUUGCUGCAUAUUUCUUUCUCUAGAAAUUAGCCAAUUAGUUUCUAUUAUCAUAGCACUGCCUGCCUGAAAUAAAUUUUGUCUGUUUAAGUUGCAUAAUGCCCUAUGUGUUUACCUGUAGCUUGGGAACAUGUUGUUUCCUUCUUUUUCCAUAGUCACACAGAGCUUUUAGUGAGCAUUCCCUGCUCAGAUAAUCAUUUGAAUAUUUGUUCUUAUAUCUGGCUAUGCAGAACAAUUCUUAUGUUGAACUUCAUGAAUUAAGUAAAAGAAAUUUAUCCCAGAGAAACAUUCUCUAAAAGUCUUCCAUCUAUGCUUAUUCAGCAAAUUGACCAUUUCCUAGUUUUUCCUGGCUUGAUUUUUUCCUCAGUCUUUUGAGUUUAUUAUUUCUCCAGUGCCCAUUUCUUUUUGUCUUCCUUAUAUUGUACAUGAUCAAAAUCUUAGAAUUCUUAGUUUUUUAACCUGGGCGUUUUGGCAUUGUUUUCUUUACUACUGUAAAGCACAGUGCCUUGCUCAUGGGAUGCACUUAAUAAAUUUUCUUGAAUGCAUUUGACUGGAAAACCAACCCUACUGGCCUGAUUUUAGCAUUUCUAUAUGGUUUCUUGGAGGAAAAGAUGAACCAUAGUAGAUGAAAAUAUCAAAUGGCAGUGUAUAUACUUUAAGGAAAAUUAUGUUCAAUCUGUUAACUUUUGGAACUUUAUAAUAUUUAUAAUGAACUUGGUUUGUAAAGAUUUUAAGAAAUAAAGAACAUUAUUGGUUGCAUCUGCAAAGGAAUAAGAGGUUUGUGGGGAGAUUACCUUGUGAAAAUAUAUUGAUUAUGAAAAAAUGUGUUAAUUGUGAAACUGAAUGUAGACUUGUUGCCUGGAGUCUUCUCAUUGAUUUUGCACUGUAAUUUGAAUAGCAGAGAUGUUUGUUAAAUAGGCCUCCAGAAUUAUUAAUGUUUAGUGUUUAACUUUCUAGGUGAUGUUAGGAUUCCAGUAAGGUUUAGCUUCCUGCAUGGACUGAAUAAAUGGGUGACAGUGGGAAUUCGAGGCCAAAGUUGUGUGGUAAGCUACUAAAGUGACCUGGGGCCAGAGAAAUAACCUUAAAGAAACAGUGCUGUUUAUGUACAGUUGCAACUUCCUGGAAAAAAAUACUGACAGAUUGACUAAUUUUACUUACACUCAAGGGCCAGGAAUAUUGCACUCUUUCCUUUGAGAAUGAGCAUUUUCCUUUCUUGAGCAAUUUUUUUGAAAAUGUGAACUUAGGAGAAUGGGACCUGAAAACAUAAAUUUUUACCUGGUCUAACCACAAGCCAUGGGACAAUGCCUGGUGACAUCCAUUUUGGGAGGGUGCACUAGUCAUAGGCUUUUAGUCACAUUCAUACUUGGAGAAAGCAGUUGGUCCACAAUAUCCCCUUCAGAUAAAAAGGAGGGUGAUGAGGACCUUAGGCUUUUAAUUUUAAUGCAUAUUUCUGCCUACCCUCAGUCUUGGAUUAACAAUAAAUGAGGCUGUCUAAGAAGUUAUAACUUUAUCUUUCAUGUUUAUUAUACUUAGUCUCUUAUAGAGACAAGGUGUCAUCCUAGUAAAAAGUCCAUGAGAAGAAAAUAGUAACAAUCAGGUUUGUUUUGAGAGUAUGACAAUAUUUGGAGCCACUGCAAGGUCUUCAUUACCUACAAGUGCCCACUUAUUAUUCAGUUCUGGAAGGUAGUCUACCAUUUUUUUGAUUACUGUGUUUCUUCACUAACUUAAUUUUAUAUUUUUUCUUCACAUCACAUAAUAUCAGCUCUGUUAUAUGUGUGAAAAAUAAUGCAGACUUGGUGAUACAUACCUAUAAUCCUUGCUAUCAGGGAGACAGAGGUUGAUGGAUCACUUGAGCUCAGGAGUUCUUAACUGCAGCAAAACUACAGCCUAUUGGGUAUCCAUACUAAGUCCAAUACCAAUAUUGUAACCCCCAGAGAGCUAGGGCCACCAGGUUACCUAAGUAGGGCAAUCUUCCCCAGAUCAAGCAUGGAGCAGGUAAAAUUUUCCUUGCCCAAUAGAAGUGGGAUUGGCUUGAUUGACCACUGCGUAUCCAGUCUGAAUAAGGAGAGACCUAGUCUUAAAAAAAAAAAAAAAAAAAAAAAAAAAAAAAAAAAAAAA